AAACCCCAGAACCCAGCCAUGAGGAUGAUGGGAAUGCCCAACUUCCGCUUCAAGCUCCCCUCCCGCAACUGGAUGAUCUUUUUCUCCGUCACCGGGUCCUUCACAGCCGCUCUGCUCUACGACCGUCGGGAAAAGAAACGCGCCCAGCAGAAGUGGUGCGACCUGGUCGCUCACCUCUCCAAGGAAUCCCUUCCUAUCGAUCAGACCCGGAGGAAGAUCACCGUCUUCCUGUCCGCGCCCCCGGGCGAUGGUAUCCGGAAUGCCCGGGACCACUUCAAGCAAUACGUUAAGCCGAUCCUGGUCGCCGCCGCGCUGGAUUACAAUGUCAUUGAGGGUCGGAGAGAAGGCGAUGUCCGCGCCGGACUGGCGGAGCGCAUCCGCAAGGACCGGAGGAGUAACGGGGAGCCCAGCUCGGUGGUGUUGGAGCCUGGCGUCGAAGAUGUGGUUGCCGAUGCCCGGCAGAAGAUUGGAGUUACGGAGGAACCCGGUCCCAAGGGCGACCUGGUGAUCGGGCGUCACACCUGGAAGGAAUACAUUCGCGGUCUGCACGAGGGCUGGCUGGGCCCCCUCGAUCCUCCUCCUCCACCCCCGUCCGCAGUGGUGGAGGAACCCACCGUUCCGGAGACCCCGGUCGCGAAACCCUCGGAAGAGAGCAAGAAGCCAGAGGAACCCUCGGAGAAGAAGGAGGAGGAAAAGAAGGAAGAGAAACCCAAACCCACCGGCCCGACCCCGGCAUACCUCGCUCCCGCCGAUUACUCCUCGCAACAUCUCCCCGCCUCCCUGCCCCCAACCCUCGCCGGCUCCGUCCCCGUCCCCUUCCCCCACAUCCUCGGCUUCCUGAACACGCCCAUCCGCAUCUGGCGCUACCUCAACCAGCGCUCCCUUGCCGACCACGUCGGCCGCGAAGUCGCCGGCCUAGUCCUCGCAUCCUACAGCCGACCCUACGUAGACGGCGGCGCAAACAACACCGAACAGCAGACCGCCCUGGAGGAAGAAGAGAAAGAGUGGCACAAGUCGGUGCACCGCACAGACGAGGCCAACCCGGACCGCGAACGCGAGUGGCUGAACGACAUCGUGCUGGACCCGCGUAUCGCCUCCCGCAUGCACCGCUACACCGUGUCUCCGGACGAGGAAGCCCGCUCGCAUCGCCUCCUCGCCGGCGAAGAGUACAUUCUCGGCGAGGAACGCCCGGCCCCCGUGUCGUUCUGGCAGCAUCUGUGGAUCAAAUACGGCUAUGGAGAGGACGCGGAAACGCUCAAGCGGAAGGUGAUCUUGGGGGAUCUGGACAGUGAGGAUAGUCAGUGAUUGCUGCACUGAUAUCUUGCGUCAUUGUCCCGUUCCUGGUUCAUACCUCGAUUGGUGGAGGGAGAGGCGUUUGUUUGUUUUAGUAUAGUAUAUAGACGGGUUGGUUUGGGUGACACAUCUCCUAUAUUGUAACUAGUAUCAGUUGAGUUUAGUUGUACGAAUAGCGGCUGCCUUUGGAAUACAUUUGAUUUGAAU